AUAUCAAUAAUAAACCCAAACACGAAUUUACAUAAAACUUAUUUGAAAAAAAAAGGGUUAAUUGCAUGGUUGGUCACUGAGAUUACAAAAAACGUUUAUGUUUGGUCACUCGAAAUAUUUAAAUCCAUUUUUGGUCAUUAACUUUACAAAACCCGUUCAUUUAUGGUCACUCUCCGUUAGCCGCCGCCCAACGUCGUUAACGGCGUCCGUUAAGUGAUGACGUGGCUGACGGAUUCACCUAAUCAGCACCUUUUAACCCUAAAAUUGACUGACCCCACCCGCCAUGUCAUUUAAACCCUCCAUGUCAGCUAAACCUAACCAAACCAGACCAGACCCAACCCACCAACCCAUCUAUCUUAAUGAAAACAGAGCAUCUACUCGUCGGCGGCAGCAUGUUGUGGAUGUUGGGCAUCACGCCGCUGUUAGCGAUGGUGACGGAUCACUCCUUCUCUUAAAAAUAAAACAAAAAAUUGAUGAAGACCGAAUCACUCCUUCUCUGCUUAAUUUCCAACUCUCCUUUCCUCCAUCGGGCGGAGGUUUUCUGUGUUCGAGGCGAAAUCGUAGGGUUUUGGGAGACCGAAUCGCACCCAAAAUUCCAAAUUCUCGAAUCCCCAUCUCAACUUCUCCGAUGGUCGGAAGAGGAAAAGCGUUUGGCUCCGUCAAGGACAAGAAGAGCACCACCAGGAGCACCAAAGUCGGCCUGCAGUUCCCCGUCGGCCGCGUCGCUUGCUUCUGGAAGACCGACAAGUACGCUGAGCGCGUUGGUGCCGGAGCUCCCGUCUACCUUGCCGUCGUCCUCGAGUACCUCGCUGCCGAGGUUUUGGAAUUGGCUGGAAACGCGGCUAGAGAUAACAAAAAGACGAGAGUCAUCCCGAGACACGUGCAGUUGGCGGUGAGGAACGACGAGGAGUUGGGAAGCUGCUUGGAUCAGUCACCAUCGCUAACAGCGGCGUGAUGCCCAACAUCCACAACAUGCUGCCGCCGACGAGUAGAUGCUCUGUUUUCAUUAAGAUAGAUGGGUUGGUGGGUUGGGUCUGGUCUGGUUUGGUUAGGUUUAGCUGACAUGGAGGGUUUAAAUGACAUGGCGGGUGGGGUCAGUCAAUUUUAGUUAAAAGGUGCUGAUUAGGCGAAUCCGUCAGCCACGUCAUCACUUAACGGACGCCGUUAACGACGGCAGCUAACGGAGAGUGACCAUAAAUGAACGGUUUUUGUAAAGUUAAUGACCAAAAAUGGAUUUAAAUAUUUCGAGUGACCAAACAUGAGCAUUUUUUGUAAUCUCGGUAACCAACAUGCAAUUAACCGAAAAGAAAAACUAUAUAGUUGAUCAUUUGGAGAAUGAAUAUUGUUCAAUCUCAUGACCAUACAUGGACCACCAACUAUGGACCAUGGUCCAACGAAUAUGAGUACGUAAUUAAUUAUUAUUAUAUUAAUGGAGGCAUGCAAUGUAAAUAUGUAAUCGACCCCAUCGUAUUUAGGCCGUGAAAUGUGGAAACUAAUGGGCUAUUAAGCAAGACAUUCAUCCCUGUAUUUGGAGCCGACAACCAAAAGAUGGUUUUGAAAACCAGUUUCAUCAUUAAUUAAGGGAUCCUGAGACAGCCUCUUUUUUUGCCUUGUUGUCUUUUUAGUUUGGACCCUUAACAUAACAACAAAUUACCUUUAAUCGUACAAUCACCUAGUUCUUAAUGGUUUCCUUAAUUAAGGUACUACACUUGAUUAUUCAUCGUCGCAUAAAAGCAAGGGCAUGGAGACAAAAGGGCCCGGCCACUGUAACAAAAUGUACCAUAUACUCUUGCGUGGUUUAGAUGGAGCAUUUUGGUUUUGUGAUAAUUUAAAGAUUGUAUUAAUUUUAGAAUAUGGCAUUUCAACUUGUGUGUGGGUUAUUGGAUUCUAAUUGGUUGGAUGAAUCAGUCACAAAAUAUUGUGGAAUUUCAUCACUCAACUGGAGAAAAGCCCCCACCCUAUGAGUUAUUCUAGUUAGCUAGUGGGUGUGAUGGCAUUUCCAAUAAUUCGGAAUGAGUUAAUUCAAACGAACAGCUCAUUUUAAUUUUACCAAACGAGAUAUUUAAACCCGAAUGACUCAAUGAAAAUACUUCAUCGAA